CCCCACAUUGCACACAAACCACAGCUUGUAUGCGAGGCGAGCGGCGAUACGAGCAACAACACCACGCGCGCGUUUGUUCACCCAUUUUUGCAGCCGCGUUACCAUGGUGAGGAUGGAAAACCAAAACUAAAUAUUUUCACACACCAGCACUAAGGAGCGUACAAGAAAAAGGGGGCGAGGGGGGGGGGGGGAGGAAGAAGGUGUGUAAAAGUAUGCGCACCACUCCGCGCCCCGUAUGGCCUGCUGUGUUUAUUUGUUAUCGUUCGCGUAUCGCAUCAGGGUGUGCAGGUGUGCGCGUGUAGAAGCCGUAGUACGGUCGGUCCCCGGUGUGGUGUAGUCCAUCUGUGCCCUGCUGUGUGUUCUGCUGUAGGAUUAAGGAUUGUAAAGUGCAGAAAAAAGGAGUCUUGUGUGCACCUUCUGCUGCACAGUUGUGCGCUUUUUUUGGGUAUAGAUAUAUAAAUAAACCAACGAAGCGUGUUGUUCGCUUAAGACACGGGAAAGAGGACCCUUUGGCACAAACCAAAGACAGGGCGUGUGACUGUGUGUGUGUGGCUGUGUGUUUGUAUUUCGCGUGUGUCCUUGCGCGUGGCUUUAAAUAACCACCUCGGUACGGCCAACAAGCAACAAAACAAAAAAACAAAAAACUGCAAAAUCAGAAUGGCAAAAUCUGCAUCCUUCCUGUUUGAGGUCCGGCCGCUGUCGGCCUCGGUUAAGGCGAAACCCGUCCGCAGUGUCAAGAGUGCCUCGGCUGCAAUGCGACCCGUUCCGGCAUUUUCGAUCGAAUCGCUCCAGAAGAACACCUACGUAAUGGGGCCACCGAAGGCACAGAAGCAACGGUACAUGAUACAGCCGAAGGCGACAUCGUUUCGGAUGUACUACGAGCGGGGCGAUCUGCCGAUCAAGAUGGAGUACCUGACCGGUGGCGAUAAGAUCGCCUGGACGGUCGACAUCGACAAGCUGGACUACGGCCUGUAUCUGCCCCUGUUCUUUGACGGGCUGUCGGAAACGCGCCACCCGUACAAAACGUACGCCCGGCAGGGUGUGCAGGAUCUGCUGUCGCACGGCGGCGACAAGAUCUAUCCCGUCAUUCCGCAGCUAAUUAUACCGAUUAAGAAUGCGCUCAACACGCGCAACGUGGAGGUGAUGUGUGUUACGCUGAAAAUUAUUCAACAGCUCGUCAUGUCGUCCGAUCUCAUAGGGCCCGCGCUCGUGCCGUUCUACCGCCAGCUGCUGCCAAUGUUUAACGCCUACAAGGUGAAAAACAUCAACUCGGGCGAUGCCAUCGACUACGGGCAAAAGAACAACAUGAACGUGGGCGAUCUAAUUGACGAGACGCUGCAGGUGCUGGAGCGGCACGGCGGCGAGGACGCGUUCAUCAACAUUAAGUACAUGGUACCGACGUACGAGUCAUGCUAUCUGAAUUAACCACACACCACCUUGACCACCACCACCACCCAUCGAUCGAUCGAUCGGGGUGGUAAUGGAGAGAGAGAGAGAGAAAGAGGCGAGAGUGACCGAUUUAUAGUUGAAUUCGCUGCCUGCCUGCCUGUCUGCCUGUCCACUAUUAAUGGUAGUGGAUCGAUUCGUAGUGAAAUAGCAGCAUGGCGUUGUGGAGUGCGGGUGUGUGUGUUUGUGUGGUAAGAUGAAUGGAGCAGUGUUGUGUGUGUGGCUUAAUGACUUCGAUUUCGAUAUUGCAGGACAUUCUCACGAAAGGCGAUCAGCGGAGUCGUUUGUCAAGUGUCAACCUCUUAACGCUGAAUGAUGGUGGAUGCUCGUGAUUGGUGGUUCGGAGUUGAGGUGUGCUCACACACACAGACACACAUACGUACCGAACGUAGCAUAUUGUGCCAAAAUUAGAGUAACGAAAAUAUCGAUUCCCGUUGGACGCCGUAAGUCUUAUAAGUACACACAGGACGCAGCGACGAUCUGCGGCAUUUUCUUACUGCACAGGGAAAUUCGAAGAGAAAGAGAGAAAGAGAAAAAAAAGAGAAUGAUUUGUAGGGGAAACUAAUGACCCGGAAAUCGUCACCGGAUAGGAUGGCGGUGUAGCCAGUAGGUAAUACAAUGUGUUCUUUUAGGUUAAACAAAGCUAGCAACUGGAGAUUUAUACUGUUUUCGAAGCUACACAAUUACUAUCACACACUAGCAAUGAUUACACUACAUUACCACUAUUGAAGAUUACAAGUUACCACAUUGCACAACAGGCAACGAAGCAGCUCACACAUCUUUUCAUGCAGAAGUAAGAGAAAGGUUGUCUGAUGGGAUCACCAAGGUGGCUAGAGAUAGAGUACAGUUAGGGUAUAUGGGUUUGAUUUUGGUCGCUAUGAUGGAUUUCUAUGAAGACGGACGGACCGAUCUGUAGUAAUUUAUAAACCUUGGGGUGGAUAGUAAAAUGGUGUAAUGUUUUCAGUCUCGUAAUCCUUUUAGUUUCUCGGAAAUGCAAAGCCACCCUAAUUCUAUUCCAAUGUGAUUACGUUUAACAAUCCUCACAAGGUAUUUUACAUGUAUUGUUUCUAUAAUUUAGCUUACUCAAUGUUUUAGAAGGUUUCCAUUUAUUUGGUUGGUUGUAAGGUUGCUAGAUAGACUACAGGAGGGUCGUUAGUAGUGAUGUGCUUUGUGGAGCGCACCAGCGACAACGGACCGACUCCAACCACAAAAUGGAACCCCUAGAUCCGCCCGGAGAAGGAGUCGCACGGAGUCGUCGGGAGUAGUGAUGGGGAAAAUGAAGAUUUCGUCGGAAUCGAUUCCGGCUAGCUCCGAAAUUUUCUGGAAUCGAUUCCAGAUAGUAGGUCCGGAAUCAGUUUCCAGAAUCGAUUCCGGAACCAAUUUCUGAAUCGGCUCCGGAACCAACUCCGCAAUCGGCUCUAGAAUUGGUUCCGGAAUCGGCUCCGAAAUUGGUUCCGGAAUCGGCUCCGGAAUCGGAAUUGGAUCCGAAAUUGGUUCCGGAAUCGGCUCCGGAAUCGGAAUUGACUCCGGAAUCGGUUCCGGAAUCGAAGUCGGCUCUCGAAUCGGAAAUGGUUCAUAAAUUGGAAUCGGCUACCAAACGGAGUCAGUUUCGGCAUCGCCAUAAAAAUAGGCGUUUGGGUCCAAUCAUACUACGUAUUGAUAACCGCAAAAAUCCAAAUUUACUUGUAAAAGAUCCACUCUCAUGGAGAUUCCCGGACUGAUUUCGCUCCGGAGUCAACUCCGGAAUCGGCUCCGGAGCCAACUCCGGAAUCGGCUUCGGAGCCAACUCUGGAAUCGGCUCUGGAAUCGGUUCCGGAAUCGGCUUCGGAAUCGGUUCCGGAAUCGAAUCCGGAAUCAGAAUCGAUUCCAGCAUCGGAAUUGGCUCCGGAAUUGAUUCCGAGCACGGAAUCGGAAUCGGGUAGGUCCGAUUCCGAGCUCCCACCACUAGUUGGGAGCCUUCCGGAGUCGUCCGGAGUCGUACGGGGUCGUUCGUAGUCGGAGUCGUCUGGAGUCGUUUGGAGUCGUCCGGAGUCGUUCGGAGUCGUUCGUAGUCGGAGUCGUCCGGAGUCGCUUGGAGGCGUCUGGAGUCGGUCGGACUCGUCCGGAGUUGUCGAAGUCGUUCGGAGUCGAUCGGAGUCUGAGUCGUCCGGAGCCGUCCGGAGUCGUUCGGAGUCGACUGGAAUCGGAGUUAGUCUGAGUCAACAGGAGCCUUCGUCCGAACGACUUCGGACGACUCCGAACGAUUUCGAUCGACUCCGACUUCGAACGACUCCGAACGCCUCCGAACGACUCUGGACGACUCCGAAUGACUCUUGAAGGUCGGACGACUCCGAACGACUCGGGACGAUUCCGAACGACUGUGGAUGAUGCAGGGCGGACCUGCCUUCUGGAGUCGAUUCCGAAUUAAUCGGAGUUGGAUCGGAGUCGACUCCGAAUUUUUGCCAACAUCACUAGUCGUUAGCACUGAUUUUGGUAGCCAUGAUGAAUGGAGAAUUCUAUGGAGAUUAGCAGAUAGGGAGCUAUGGUUGCUAAGGACUUUGUAUGAGUUGUUAAGUAACUUUGGACUCCAUAGAAUGAAGAUUUGUAAAAAUACACUGUAGGCGGACCGACCUGUAGUAAUUUAUGAACCUUGGUUUGUUGGUAUAAUUCCAAAUGAGCUUGAAAAUGCAUCUAAAUGACAAAAAGAUAAUGUAAAAAGAUACAAAUGCCUACUUUUUGUUAUGCUUACUACAACGUUGUUUUCUUCUAAAUAAAACAAAAACUCGGCCACUUAUACCAGGGCUUCAAUCUCUGUUAUUAGUCACAGAUCCAUGACAGAAUUGAUCCAUACAAGCAUACAACGCUCGAGUGAUAUGUUGUUAGGUCACGCAGGGCCUUACGAAUAGAGCAACGAACGAGCAGAUAGAUAAAUCAAUCCAUAUUAACAAGUUAGUUUAAUACCCUAUUGUCGAACCACUCAUGUUCAAUACCCGAGAGAGCUUUAAGACAUGUGUUUGAUACUUUAUUAAUUUACUUUAAAUAAAAAAAUGACAACGAACGCAUUGCUUUUAAAAAUUAGUUUAAAUUACAACAGAAUAAAAAAAAAUUGAAAAAAUAUAAAGUUAAUGUAAAACGCAGAAAACAAAUUUACAAAACAUUGUGGCUUUUUCCCUUUAUAAAAUCCUGCCUACGUUUAGGAAUUACUUUGUAACGGAAACCUUCUGGUAAAUAUGUAAUAAAAGCAUCCAACGGAGCAGUCGCUGCAGUUUGAUUGAGUCGAUUUUAUCUGAAA